ACUCUUCCAGUUUAUCAGAUUAUACAGUCGGACAAAAACAGAUUCUGCAUGACUUAAAAACUGCAUGAGACAUAAUGGACUCAGAACAUGAAGGUUUUUCACAUGAUCUGAGGAUUGUGUUACUGGGAGUUUCUGGAGCUGGAAAGAGUUCAACUGGAAAUGCAAUACUGGGUCGAGAGGCAUUCAAAGAGAGCAGAACCAGAGGGAGUGAGAAACAGAGCGGAAGAGUAGAAAACAGAAACAUCUCCAUCAUCGACACUCCAGGAUUCUUCAACCCUCAACUGACUGAUGAAGAGAUAAGGAAGCAGAUGAUGAAGAGUCUGUAUCUCUCUGAUCCUGGUCCUCACGUCUUCCUGCUCGUCGUAAACCUGGAGAACUUUAAAAACGUUGAGAGUAACAUUGUGGAGCAAAUUCAGGAGAUCUUUGGAGCUCAGGCUUUUAAGUUCACAAUGGUGCUGUUUAUUGGAAAAGAAAAAAUGUCAAAGAUAGAAUGGAUGCACUUUAGACUUCAUCCAGAAUUUCAAGAGCUGGUCAGGCCCUGCAGAGAUCAUUAUCAUGGGAUCAACAGUAAAAAUGAGAUGAAUCAAACUCACAUCAGGGAGCUUUUGGAGAAGAUUGAUGAGUUCGUCAAACAGAACAAUCACCAGCAUUAUGAUAGUGGGAUUUUCUCUGUGUCUCGAACAAAGAGCAUAAGAAUAAGGAAAAAACAAGAGGAAAUACAGGCAUCCCAAAGAACAGAGCAAGAAAUUAAACAAAAGCAAGCUGAAACAGCAUGGGAGACUUUCACAACCCAAAGCGUCAUAGAAAAGAGAAGACGUGCUGUGAUAGAACAAGUAAAGGAAAUCACUGGAGAAAAUAAAUUAGAAGAAAAAGAGACGAGACAAGAACGAGCAAAAACAAAGUCAGUGACUUUUGGAAUGGGAAAUGUGACAGAAGAAAAAACAAUACACACUGUGACUGAUGAAGAAACUGAGAGUUGUGUUUCUAAUAUCAGACAAAGAAUGAAAACAACUAUCAUUUAUGAAAACCUGGAUAAUUCAUCAUUGGACAGAUUCGUGGAAUUCUCUAAUGAAAAAAUGGUAGACAAAAAUGUAGGCAAGACAUCAGAAAAAAUAUGGGAAAUGAGCCAUAAAAAGAAGACAUACAAGAUCAUAUCAAAAGAGCUCAGGAUCGUGAUGGUUGGUAAAACUGGAGCUGGAAAGAGCGCAACGGGAAACACCAUCCUGGGACAAAAUGAGAAUGAGACGGGACACAUUCAAAUGAAACGAGAGGAAACUGCGCUGUUUGUUGUAAAAAAUUCUUCUGAAUCUGUGACUAAGGAAUGCCAAAAACAGCAGAAGAUAAUAGAUGGUCGAAACAUCUCAGUGAUCGACACUCCAGGACUGUGUGAUACUUCCCUCAGUGAAGAACAACUGAAAGAGGAGAUAGUGAAGUGUGUCUACAUGUCUGUUCCUGGUCCACAUGCGUUUCUGCUGGUCAUCAGACUGGACGACAGAUUCACAAAAGAACAGCGGGACACAGUCAAAUGGAUUCAGAAGAACUUUGGAGAAGAAGCUGCUCGUUACACCAUCGUUCUGUUCACUAGAGGAGAUCAGUUAGAAACACCUAUAGAGGAGUUUCUGACUAAAAACAAGCAGAUUAAUGAGCUAGUUAAACAGUGUAAUGGCAGUUAUCAUGUGUUCAAUAACAAAGAUAAAAGUCGAUCACAGGUCAUUGAACUGUUAAAUAAGAUAGAAAGCAUGGUGGGUAAGAAUGGUGGAGGGCAUUACACAAAUGAGAUGUACAAGGAAGCCCAGAAAAAGAUAAUGCUAAAGAAGGCUCAAGACGCAGCUUUAGUGGGAGCGAGUGUAGCAGGAGUAGGAGCAGCAGUAGCUGGAGGUGCAGUACUGGUCACGGCCACUGGGGGAGCGGCUCUGCCUGUAGCAUUACUAGCAGCAGGAGCCGCUCUAACAGGAGGAACAGGUGCUGUUAAAGCCAUUGCAGAUCAGGUUAAACAAUUCAAGGGGAAGGUAACGAGGGGAAGUUCCAAUUGGUAUGCUGAAUAAUUCUCAAUUUAAUUAUCACAGUUUCUUUUUCCUUUAUAGGCUUAUGUAUUUCUUUGUAUUUUAAUGUUUUUCUGCUUCAAGGGAUUACCUACAGAUUUAUAUGAUUAUUAUUAUUGUUGUUUUCAUCAUAAAAUGUGAUUUGUAUAUACAAAUAUAUUUAUCUUUGUCAUGUAAACUUACCCUUAAAGGGUUAACCCCUUAACUGUCACCGUCCCGGUACCGGGACGCCUAACUUUACUUCACUAUAUUUCUAUUAAAUCCUAAUC